ACGAGCAAACACUUGAACAAAGAAGUAUACCAAAUCAAAUUGAAUUGUCAAAUUGAUAAGUUCUUUUGUGGGCCGGAAAUUGCUAGGUAUACGUAGUAAAUAGUGUAAAAGACAGCUCAUAGUUAAAAAAAACAACCCAUAAUCUUAUUAGGUACAUCACAAUGCAAAGUGUAAUAAACACAGUAAAGGGAACUGCCCUUGGCGUGGCCGGUUACUUGACACCGGUGUUGAAGGAAUCGAAAUUUCAAGAAACUGGUGUACUGACUCCUGAAGAGUUUGUGGCUGCUGGUGACCACCUGGUACACCACUGCCCUACCUGGCAGUGGGCAAAGGGAGAGGAAGCUAAGAUUAGGCCUUACCUUCCUGCAGACAAACAAUUCCUUAUAACUCGAAAUGUGCCAUGCUACAGACGAUGUAAACAAAUUGAAUACUGUGAAGAUAAAGAGAAAGUGAUAGAAGAUGAAAAUGAUGCAGAUGGUGGCUGGGUUGAUACUCAUCACUAUGACAAUGCAGGUUCCCCUGCACUCGAGGAAAAGGUCUGUGAGAUGACCCUCGAAGCAGCUGACACUGGCGACAGUGACGAUGGAGCUGCCGACGGUGGUGAUGAUGAUGAAGACGAAGAUGAUGAGGGCGAGGCUGAGGACAUGGAGCAGUUCCAAGAAUCUGGUCUUUUAGAUGAAGUAGAUCCGUCAACAGAUCUAGCCCAGCGUACAGAGCUAAAACUCAAAGCCGAUAAGAAACAGAAGCAAGGAGAAGGUGAUGAGAUCGUCCGGACUCGAACUUACGACCUACACAUCACUUAUGACAAGUAUUACCAAACUCCGAGGCUGUGGCUCAUCGGAUAUGAUGAGAACCGGUCACUGCUGACUGUGGAGCAGAUGUACGAAGACGUGUCCCAAGAUCAUGCUAAAAAGACUGUCACGAUGGAAUCUCACCCUCAUCUCUCUGGACCCAGCAUGGCGUCCGUACACCCUUGCAGGCACGCGGACGUCAUGAAGAAGAUAAUAGAGACGGUAACGGAGAGCGGCGGCGAGAUGGGCGUCCACUCCUACCUCAUAGUAUUCCUGAAAUUCGUACAAACAGUUAUACCCACCAUCGAAUAUGAUUUCACACAGAAUUUCUCGAUUAAUUAACUUUAAGCAUAUUGUUUAUGGUUUAGCUUUUUACGGUACAAAGAUAGCUUGUAGAGCACAAAUGUCUGUGGUCUCGAUGGUGUUAAAUGUUUGAAGACGCUAAGUAAGACUUUUAGUUUUAAUAUGAACACCUGAAGUUUGUAAACACAAAAUGAUAUAUAUUGGCUUAUGCUGUAAUGUUUUGUAAAUAUACAACAAUUUGCUGAUUUAUUUUGUUAUAAGGUUGAAUAGCAUUAGUAAAUAAAUAUUUCUCUCGACCAAUGUGUAACUCUGUUCAAAAACACAAUCAAUCAUUCUCUAAAAAUUGUUUUAUUGUUUCUUUUGAAUGUUACGAGCAAAUUAAACAGUAUCUAAAUUGAAUUAAAAGAAUUGAAAGAAUUGGCCGAGGAAAACAUUCAUUUUCUUAUACUACGUGUUUCUAUCGAUCUGUUCUGAAAUUUGUAUGUAUAAGUGAAUAUGUAAAUACCCUCUACAGCUCAUUCAUAAAUAUAUGUCAUAAUUUUGUUCAUUCUUGAAAAUCGACAAGUUCAAUAAUUCGCUUUUUAAUCGUUUGCAAUCUUGUCUUUUGUAUAACGAAUCGCAUUAUAUUUUAAAAAUUCAUUCUCAUAUCGCUGUUGCUGACAACAAUUUUGGCAGCGCGUUAUUUUUUUAACAUUAAGUGCACAUUUAAAGGCCAGUAAUACAUUGCAGCUUUAUGAUUGCAUUUAUUACCUAAUGCACUUAUAAACUAUUUUUAUGUAAUAUGAUUUAAAAAUGUAUUUUAAACAUUUUGUUAUUAUAAAUGUGUAAUAAAACUGUAAAAUAAAUAGGAUUCUGUUAUAUUCUAUAUACGUUAAGUAGGUAAAUACUAAAAUUGUAAUUUUUUGUUUAAUUUAUUUUAUUACUCUUUUUUUUAUAAUUCGCCAUAUUCUGAAACUGUGCGGUGUUAAUUUGCAUUGUCCUUUUUGUUUGGUAAAUACGGCAUUUGUCUGUUGCAAAAUUAUUAGAAACUCAAUCAGCAAUAAGGCAUUUUUCUGUCUCUCAACAAACUUUUUGGUCUAUAACUCAAUUCUUAACUUAAAGAUUUUAUGGGUUGUCUUUCACCCAUCAAAAUCAAGUGAUUCGCCAUUUAGACGACUCCGCAAGUUAUUAGACAGGCUGCGACGUCCGAAUUUAUCACUGUAUGUGCAAGUUACACCGGGUCCUUACUAGACUAUUUGUUUUUAAAUUCAAAUACCCUUUUAAAAGCUCGUUUUUCUUUUAUCUCUUUUUGUGUUAUGUUUGGAAUUACCAUGAUAUUGUAUAUUGCGCAUGUAUGUUCUAUAAACGUAGUGUAAUCGCAUAUCAUUUUAAGUUUGAAAUACAUAUUUUAUUUUAAAUUAAAUGUUAUUUUGCUACUGGAUUGUUUUUUUUAUCAACUUGUUUAAUCUUCAAUCGUGUAAAAAUUAUUGUUUGUCUAUUUCUGUCUGCGUGGCUGUCAGAAUGGCUCGGGCAAUGAUCUUUGUGUCGUAGUGAGAAACUCUUCCUAAUUGAUUGAUAAAAACAUUAUGAAUC